AUGGUUUCCUUCAUCCUCUGCCUUCUCCCUGCUCUCCUAGCUACAACGAGUGCACAAGGUGAGAUCCUGACAUGUAACACGUGCUUUGGCCAAACGGAGACCUGCAGUUUCACUGCAGGAACCUGCCAAGACAACAAGGCUACUGGUGGCUGCCUCUCCGUGGCAGAAGAUAUUACACUGGAUGGGACAAGGACCCCGUUCUUCUACAAAGAAUGUCUAAGUAACUAUAAAAGUGACAUCAAAGUCCCCAUCUCUUUCACUGUUGGGAAUGGCAAGUAUUUCAGGAUCAACACCACACAAUGCAACGACACAGAUAACUGUAACUCGGCUAUACUUGGAGUGCCCACAGGGAGCACCACCGAGAACGGGCUGCAGUGCCCAACCUGCUUCGCUCUGAACUUCACUGUCUGCAACAGCUCAGUCACCCCUUGUACUGGGGACGAGACCUAUUGCAUGGAUUUCACUGGGUACCUAAUGAGCGGUAAAUGUUGCCAACAAUUUGUUGGAAAAGGCUGCGCUACUGCAUCCACAAAAGAGAUUAAACCUGAAACCACCCUGAUUUCCGCAGCCUACAGAUACGUCUUUUUAUGGGGGGCCUCUGUUCCGGCGGAGAAAAUACCCAUCAACCCCCCUUCCACAACCGCCACCCCCGCUAAUACUACCACCACCACCACCCCUUCUCCUAUAAAUAUCACCCUCCCCAAAACAACCCCCAGUGGGGCCAGCCCGGCUGUGGGGACAUUCUCCUUUGCCCUCUACCUGCCUGGCCUGACUGGGCUGCUGCUGGUGAAGCUGCUCUCCUGA